AUGGCUGAAUCCCAUCCACCCCUUUCGGUCCAAGGCGAUCUAGAGGUUGUCCAGGCGCUCCCGGUCAAAGCUCAUUCUGAUUGGCCGGAUCAGAUCUUGUCGUCGGAUGACUAUCUUCCCGUGGACCGCAUGAGCUACUUCAACUUUGAGUGUGCUUCCCUCGAUGACGAUGAUUUUGGCUCCUUGAACCAGUGGGCCGCCGACGAAUCGGCCUGCGACAAAUGA